AUGGCGGGAAGCGACCGCCUAGGGGACGCAACGCCGAGCCAAUCUUCAGAUUUAAUAGGUCGUUUAAGAGGUGUCGCGGAGAAGCACCUCAAAGAUAUCGAGGAAGAAAGACUGCAAGAGGAAAAGGACCAAGUGAAGAGGACACAAGAGCUGGAGCACUAUUCGAAGCACAAGAAGCAGGGGAAGCAGGGACCGCCAAAUACGCCCAGCGAGGCGUCAAUCCCCAAAAUGAGAUCAGCCCAAGAUGUCCUCAAGCGGCUCCAAUGGGAUACUGAUCUUGACAUGUCAAGAUACAUCAUUGGCUAUCUGGAACGGUUCGCCGGUAUCAAGGAACUCGCCGCGACCCAUUGGAUCUCCGAGGUCACCGAGGAAGACUGGAUUCCCCAACAUCGCAUCAAAUACUUCAAACGGGUCUCUGAAAAUGGGGUGGCUGAGAUUGUCUGGGACCGCGAAAAGCGAAUCGACAAGAUCUUCGGCAGUGGCUUGAGAGAGGACGAUGAGACGGUGGAUAUUAAUUCCGAGGAUGGCGGUAGACUGCCCAUGUCUAGGCCAGUCCUCCAAGCGGUAGUAGACCUAUACCAACAGAUCCAGAGACAUAUUUCUCCAUUCAAGGUCAUGGCAGAGACGGCGGCCGCUGGCGCAGGCCACAUGUCGUCGCCGUCAAAGCUGACAGGCAGGGCCUUCUACGAAAGCAUCGGCAGCCCAAAAUACAUAAUGGCUCCCAUGGUCGAUCGGUCAGAGUUCGCUUGGAGACUCCUCACGCGGUCCUACCUCGAUGAAGAGCGAUCAAAGUCCUUUCUAGCAUAUACGCCUAUGCUGCACGCGAGAUUGUUCCGAGAAACAGCCAGAUUUCGAGACGAACACUUCCAGCCCACCAAAAGCAGUCUGGUUUCCAAGGAGAGAGCCUCAGCGUCGCUAUGGCUUGAUGGCAAUCCGACUUUGGACCGACCGUUGUUCGUACAGUUUUGCGCGAAUAAGCCCGACGAUCUCCUUGAGGCGGCACAAUAUGUCGCCCCUUACUGUGACGCGGUUGACUUGAACUUGGGAUGUCCGCAGGGCAUUGCCAGGAAUGGGCGCUACGGAGCUUUUCUGCAAGAAGACUGGGACACAAUCUACAAGAUGAUUAACAAAUUGCACAAUGAGCUCUCAGUUCCUGUGACGGCCAAGAUGAGGAUACUGGACACCAAGGAGAAGACUUUGGAGUAUGCCAAAAUGAUUCUCUCUGCCGGCGCCAGCAUAUUGACAGUGCACGGGAGACGGAGAGAACAGAAGGGCCACAAUACCGGUCUCGCGGACUGGCAAAUGAUUCGAUACCUCCGGGAACAGCUACCGCCAGAGACGGUCAUCUUUGCGAACGGGAACAUUCUGAAUUCAGGCGACCUAGAAUCAUGCCUAGCCGCUACUGGGGCUGAUGGUGUCAUGAGUGCAGAAGGCAACAUAUGUGAUCCCACAAUUUUUGCCGACCCACCCAAAGAAUACAACCCCCGCGAGUACUGGUACGCGCCAGAUGGGAAAGGGGGAUACCGUGUGGACGCCGUGUUCAGAAGAUAUCUUGACAUCAUCCAUCGCCAUGUCUUGGGCAGAGAACCACCCGUGCGCAAGCCUCUUUAUGUCCCCGGUGAUCCUGAAGAGACGCCUCAGAACACCGAAGCGGUCGAUGCUGAGCUUCCACCGAGAAAAAGACAAAAACGUUUGCCCAAGCAAAGGUUUGAUCCGAGUCUCAGGCCAAUGCAAGGACACCUGUUUCAACUCCUUCGUCCCUUGGUUUCGACGCACACCAACAUUCGAGAUGCGUUGGCACAAACACGAUGCGGAGACAUGGAUAGCUUUGAGGGGGUUCUUGCCAUGGUGGAAGCGGCGGUUAAGACGGGCCUCGAUGAACAUACCGCAUCACCAGAGGUCGAACACAGACCUGCGGCUGAAGGCGCAGUAGAGCAGCUACACGAGAAGGAACUGACGCCCACAGAGAAAACCAGAAUGAAAUAUCGGAGGCCGUGGUGGGUCUGUCAGCCUUAUGUCCGGCCGCUACCAGACGAAGCUGUCAAGCUGGGUGCCAUGCAACCGGUCAAGGGGACAUCCAAGGAGGGCUCGAGGGAAGUCGCAGGCAACGAGGUCGAUGCGGGCCGGUCAAUCGAUGUCGUUGAGACACCUGAUCUGCCAUUGCACAGCACUACGAAAGAAGAACUCGCUAAGCCUACCUUGGUUUUCGGCUGA